CUGAGACUUUCUUUCUCUAGCAUAGACACCCUUGGAAUCCUCCAUAAUAAAGUCGAAGCUUCGGGUCCCGCAGGUUUUCUCUGGGAGACGUCUCAAAGAGAUAUCCCAUUUUGGCCAGGUAGCGCCUUGACCAAUCUUCCCACCCUCAGUCUAGAGAGGUUGUUCGAGAAGGAUAAUAUUCAUCAUGAAAUCAAUCUCUCUAGUUCACGAUUUUGCUCGCACAUCAAUUGCCUUGUCAUGAACUGCAGGGUACACAGCUACACAGUUCCUCUACUCGAAGUCUCCAAGCCUUCACUUACUAAAGCAGGCUUCAAGCUAAAAGAUGGAGAACCCUGCGGCGAGCUUUGUUUUCGAAGUUUUGACGAAACGCUGGACGGAGUUAUGGAAGGCGUACAUUGGAAUGAUCCUGCCGAUGUGGAAUUCUUGGAGAGCGUCCUCAAGGUUGACGCCGACAUGUCACCUUGUGCCCUUGCUAUCAUCUGUCGCAAGCCGUGCCUAGAGGUAUUCAUUUACCGGACAAGAAUGUUUCCCGAUGAGAAAAUUCUGAAAGAACAAAUCAUCGAGGAAAAGCAUCGACACGCGCCCCUAGUUUUCGUGGAUGACGGGGGUGCUUGCAAUUUUACGCCCCUCCCUCCAUGUUCACAUAACGGACCAUGCGACCAAACGUCUGAAUGCCAAUGUCACCUGAAAUCCCACCAUUGCAAGCGGAGCUGUCGUUGCAGCUUGAAAUGUCCCCGUCGAAGAAAGGGUUGUAAAUGUUCCCAUGAACGAGUCAUGGAUCACUGUUUAACAGCUGAUUGCCCUUGCAUCGAGGCAGGCAGGGAAUGCGAUCCAGAGCUGUGUGUUAAAUGUGAUGCCCGAGGUCAGCCGCAUAAGAACAAGUGUCAAAAUACGAGGAUACAAAGAAACCAAACUCAACAUAUCAAGAUUCAACCUACCAAGCCUGCGAAGUACGGACUCGGCGCUUUUGCGACAAGGGAACUGAGAGCCUGGACCUACAUCGGCGAGUACGUUGGCGAGAUCCGGAAUCUCAGCUCGGAGGAAAGCUCUCAGAGGUCCAAUAUUCUCAACAAGUACACAGGGCUCAAUUAUAACUUUGAGCUAAAUUCAUCGCUAACAUUGGACGCUGCUCGUCGGGGUAACGAAACGAGAUAUCUCAACCAUUCAGACAAGCCUAACUGUGAUGUCAUUGUGAAGAAUGUCAACGACGAACAUCGCAUUGCUAUCUUCACCUGCGAAAACGUCGACAAGGGGGAAGAACUCUUUCUAGACUAUGGGCCCAGAUACUGGCAGCAGUAUGGAAACAGUUCGUCAAUCCCUGAAGAUCCGGUGGAGGAAGACAGGCAAGACGGCAAAGGAGAACCGGAGGAGGACGACCUAGAAUAUAUCUAGGGACCUUGUCCACAGAAGAUUAUCCGAGAAUUAAAAAGCGAAUAUACAUACAAGAAUCACAUUAUAAACCAUGUAUAAACCCAUAAAAAAAGAAAUAAUCUACCGAUCUACCAUGCAAAGCCCUCAGGAAAAAUAUCAGAGAAAUCAUAUCCGGUGUCCGAAGCAGUCACCUCUUCAACCUGGUAGGAAGAAAGCAGAGACUCGAAUGACCAAUCUACAUUGAGAGGUCAGUCCAUUUAGAAUGUGCAUUGUAAAAGAGAGGCGUAACUGGUCGAUUCGGGGGGUGCCAACAACUGGACUUGCGGAAUACUAUCGGUGGGAGUUAUAUCGUCUCGAGGACUAUUGCCUGUUGUAGAGACAAUCAAAUCAAUCUCC